AAUGUACCAUAUUAUGUAUUUUUAGGUUUAGGAAAUGCUACAUCCAUACAAAUACGAAGUAUUAGUCUGUUGCUUCUUCCGAUGUACUGUGGUAAGGCUGGCCGCGGGAUAUUGAAGGCGGUGGUUCUCACUUAUGUAGUGGCCGGCCCAAUAACAAAUAUGGCACUGAACGCCAAAGAGGUAGUUCGUGUGUUUGCCUGCAGCACUCAGCUCUCUUUCAAUCUCACGAAACUUAGGUAUUCUUUCAUUGCGACUCCUGUUAGACGAGCCCUCAUAAGUAUGAAGACUGAAAUUGGCGAAUUCAAAGGUACGUUGAGAUCAAUUAGAAAAGUAGUGAGGCCAAUAGAGAUAGAAAUGGAGAAUGCAUAUGAAAUUCUCAAGACGAAACCAACAAACGAUCUCGGAUUUUUAAACCUAUUUAUUAUUUUUUUAUUACCAAUUGAAUGUAACAAUUACUUUUUUAGGGUUUUUCCAAAUGAAACAGAAAUAAUAAAGUAUGAGAAAAACUACGCGAAAAAAAUGGAAUAUCGCUGCGAGAGGCAAAUGUCUCGAGCAGUUUUAUAUUGUAUGGAGAUUUUCUCUUCUUCUUUUAAUAUGUGUUAUGAUAGUAUCCCUAUAUACGCUGGAGCAUUGUGCUGGCCUUUGAUGCUUCACAAUAUCUGCAAUAUUAGACCUUUUAUUGGACACUCCGAGUGUAAUUACGAAGAACAGGUUAACAUAAAUAUUCUACAGUCCUUGCAGUUCUAUCUUCGACUUGGAGAAAGCUAUUACUAUCUAAAGAACACUUCCACAAAAAUAAUUUCAAAUUUAACAGAAGUAAACGUUCUAGAAGAAAUUUAUGAGGGGAAAGUGAAGAAUUAUCAGGAUGCUAAGGAAACAAGCCUCAAAGUUCUACAGGCAUUUGAAGAAAAAUACAAUAUCGUGAAAUUAGUUGUAUUGGGGGUUCAUAUAUGCUUAGCUCUCCUUUUCUUACGACUGCUUAUCUCGGCACAAAGUUAUCAUGAUCUUUAUUUGACGAGUAUAAAUUAUGAUAAUGUCUACGUUACUGGUUACUUCAAAAGGAUUGAUCAAAGGCGUCGUAGGAAACUCCAGUGUACACUUUUACCUCUGAAAAAGAUGGAGAGGAACAGGUACAUUGACGUGUACUCUACAUCAUACAUUCCAUCAGAACGUAGCAAGUUGUUCACGCAAAUACUAAAAGUAACGCUGGAAGCGAUCACAGCCACAACCUUUGUAAUGCUGGACAGAUUGUUCUAUGAAGCACUUGAUGUUGUAAGACAGUAUGCUGUUGAUAAUGAACCUAUAAAUGGAUUGGGAGACGUAGAGGUGGAGGUGGCAGGUGCAGGCUUUGUCGCAGACAUGUUGCGGAAACUGGUAGAUGAAUUAAAAUCUAUCAAUGUAAAAACGUCAAUAACGAAUGAAGAAUGUCUUCCGCAGCCCCGCGCUAUACCCGCACUAUUUUAUGUCAAAAUAUACGGAGGCUAUCUUUGGAUUCUAUUACUAUUGUUUACGAAUCCUUACACACUCAGAUUGAGACGAUUAAUCUGCAGUUAUUUCUAUCCUCAUAGAGAAAAGCAAAGAAUAUUGCAUCUAUACAAUGAUAUUUUGAAGAAACGUUUGAAAAUGCAAAAGACGUUACGUAGGAAAGCAGUGCAGGCAGUCCGAGCACAUUACCUCUCUGGGGAGAACCUUCUGAGCCUGAGGAUGAGGUUUCCUCACAUUUUGGGUUGGCUUGGCGCUUUACCUCAUGCUAGAAUGAAAUGUCUUAUUUGUGAAGAGACUGAACCAUGGCACAGAUUACGAAAUCCUGAUAACGACUCAUGGCACUCGUGUGAAAACGUCAAAUGCCCUUUCCUAUACUGUGACGAGUGUUGGAAGGACAUUGGCAGCAGCUGCCUCGCCUGCGAUCCUGCUCUGAAUGAGCUUAGUGAUGUGGACUCUUUGAGUGAUGAUAGACCACCUAGAUACUAAUUGUAUUGAUGAAAAUAAAUAUUUGUGUGA